AUGGACGGUCCAGAUUCUCGACUGUUAGAGCUCCUUUCGGCCUGUCGCUAUCCCUCAGCCGGUGAAGAUGACAUCGUGAACGGUCAGGAAGACAGUGACUCACCGGUUGACAAAGAUUCCUGUACCGUGACACGCAUAAUAGCCGAGCAGGAAAUCUCAAGGAGACCAUCUGUGGACAUGCCGAGACGACGUUCGACCAGGAGAGCUGGAAGGCCCAGGUUAGAUGCUGCAGGCGCAGCAGUGCUAUCAGAGGGCCGGCGGAUGCAAGUUCGACACGCCCAGAGAACAUACAGACGAAAGAAGGAGAUUACAACCCAAAAAACCAAGGCACAUUUGACGGAACUUGAGGAAAAGCUUGUCAGAAUUUCAGAAUCUUUCACAGCGCUCUAUGAUGCUGUUUUUCAGUCAGACUGCAGUAACAACCAUGCAGCCCUGGUCAGUCAUCUGGAGGAGAUUCGGGGUCUCUUAGCGCCAGAGUCACAAAGGCCGGCAACAAUAUUUCAGACUGUGAAGACUAGAGAGAAAACUCUGCUCCAGUCACAGACUGAUAUCCCAUAUGGAUCUGACAAGUCGUCAGAUGUGAUUUUUGGAUAUACGACCUUGGAGAAACCUACAAGGAAGAGUCUAGAUCAAACUAUGCAAAUUGACCAAGAAUACGCACGAUCCGACAAUUGUUUCGAGUCAUAUCCAGUCGGGAUUAGAGAUAGCGAUAGCAAGACAAUUGCGUGUGGGUAUAGCAUCGAGCGACCGUUUGGAAACAACUUUCGCUAUUCCUACUCCUUCCAUGAGUCUACACUCACUAGGAGAUUGCAUCGAUACUGUCUAGAAUACGCAUUCCUUCUAUUCAGUGACACGCGUGCUCAUCCAACGGCGGUCUACAGAAUGUUCAGAUUGGUCCCGUGCAUGCAAAACAGAGCAAAGAUGUACCCGUACUUCAAGCGUCUCGUUUGCAGCAAAAUUAACGAUCCUCUGGAACUCCCGGCCCUUCCACUGUAUUGUAUUGGUGGCGCUGGCACUCAUUAUCCUGUCAAGGAUCAUUUGGGGAAUCCCAUUUAUCCAUCAAACACACGAUUACCAAGGCGAGUUCUUGGUAUAUCAGCAACUAGGGACAUUGGAGACUUCAGUUCUGGUCAAGGUACGCAGGAAUACCUUGGGACGUUCGGACUCGAUGGUCAGUGGUUUACCUGCACGGAUGUGGAAGGCUACCUCAGAGACCAAGGAGUGAACUUCGAUGGUUCUUCUCUAUAUGCGGAUGUAUCAUGCCCUAGGUCAACACCAAAUUUUACCGUGCCGCAUCAACUAGGGAAUAAUAGCCCGACAGAUACUUCUGGUUUAAUAUCAGUUCACAGCGUACCUACAGGUAGAACUACCGUCCCUCAAGUUGUAAAACGUGUACGACCUGAAGUUUUUCAUGAAGGAUCUCUAAGACCUAGUGCGUUUGGACGUAUACGUUUCGUUCUAGACAUCGAAUCUUUCUUUAGCCGUUUAUUGAGGGGCGCUAUUAUUCUUGGGCGGACGCCAGGCUUCAGACUAGCCGAUGUCGAAAGUGCCUUCAAGUCAGCAUUACUAAGACACCAAGUGUCCUAA